AUGACUCCAAACACCGCUCAGAGCACUCCCGGUAGCUCACAGAACACAAAUCAACUUCCCAAUAAGAAGCGCUUGCGUGACAUAGAUGAAGAUGAUAACGAAAAGACCCACCGAAAAACCAAGAAACACAAAUCGUCCCGAAAACAUAAGAAACACCGAACUUCCUCAGGUCGCAAAUCGUCCCACAAAACUGUCAAGCCUAUCCCGGAGAAGAUACCAGAAACACCCCCUAAGCAGUCGCCAGUGCUUUCCGGUUCCGAACCCUCUGAACCAUACAUAAGUGACGGUCAAGACCCAGCAACAGGCCCAGCAACAGGCCCACUAGCAGCAGUCUCCACUGCUUCCUCAGCACGCAGCAGUGCUUCAUCAGAGGCCCUUGUACGGACGACCGUACUUAGGGUUAGUGCUACCCCACCAGCACCUGCUAGUGCUCCACAAAAGAACUUUGCCCGGAAGACCAUAGUCCCAAGUCAAGUUCUCACUCAGUCCAAGUCUAGUGCAGUCCGCUCAACAGGCCCAGCAACAGGCCGCUUGACAGGCCCAGCAGGCUCUACUACUCCCUCAUCAGCACCCGUCAGUGCUCCACCGAAGGUUCUUGCACCGGAGACCCCUACAUUCAAGCCCCGAUGCCCCUCUCGGUUAUUUUCUAGUGCAAGCCCGUCCGAACUAAUAGAUCACCUCUCACCAGUACGACAGAGACGAAUUAGACCCGAGCCAUCGCCGAUUGUCCGAGACAUCCCCGAGUGUUCAAGAGACAUCCCCGAGGAUUCAAGAGACAUCCCCGAGCUCGACCGCAUUCAAGAUGAUUCAAGCAAGCAAAGCGAAGAUGACUUUAGAGCACUGGCGAGUGCUCUACAGUGGCUCAUCGCGGAUGUUGGCAUGAAGGAUAAGUUAUCAAGAGGACAGGGAGACCGUCAGUUCAAAGAGGCUGCCGGUGAUAGUGAUGAUGAUAAUGACGGCGGUGGUCAGGCAGCCGGAAGACGCUCUCGCAAAGGGAAAGAGCGUGCAGUACCUCCGGAACUUGUACGACCUUCCAUAAUGGUUACCGUGGUGGACCCCGAUGCUCUAGGGGCAUUCUUUAUGCUCGUCCCACCACCUACUUAUGACUGGAAUGAUCCCCUGAACGAACCUUCCUUCAUCGGAAUCUUGACCAAGAUAACUUUCCCAGAGCUAUGCAACUUGAUCCUGAAGCAGACCGCACCCGGCAGAGCAGUCAGGACUAUCUGGGGGGCAAUUGAGAAUGUCUCCCCAGCAGCUGUUCCUCCCGUUCAGCCGGUGGAGGUACAAAUUACCGAUUCAGAGGAGCUCGAAGGUUGGUUGAAGAAGAGCAAUGCCAGGCCUUGGGGGAUAUUGGCAGUCCUCCACAGAGCAGGCGCGGGUGCUUACCUGGGUGGUACGGAAUCCCCCCCGUUGAACCCGGCUUUCCCUCACGUUGAGGAAGAUGAUCAUAGCAUGAUCGAUAUUCCUGCAGAGGAUUCGGAUUACGAGGAGGGAAAGCACCAGAUAAAUUCCAAAGGACUGAGGCAGGAUGCUAUCGACGAUUUAGACCCCAAAUACCUUAGGAAGUAUCCUUUGGGUGUCGGGGUUGCUGACCCAAACUUCUUACAGUGGACGAUUUGGACACCUACCGGGAUUGCAGCCAAGAGAGCUGCUGACGCACUCGCGGCUGCUGGUGGUGGCGGCGGUGGUGGUGAUGGUGGUGGUGGUGGUGGUGGUGGUGGUGGUGGUGGUGGUGGUGGUCUAGGACCUCCACCGCCUCCGGGCGGACCUCCUCCUCCUCCGGGUGGCGGUGGUGGUGGAGGACCAGCUGGAGGCGGUGGUGGUGGUGGUGGUGGGCCAGCUGGAGGCGGUGGUGAUGGUGUUGGUGGUGAUGGUGGUGAUGGUGGUGGGCAUCAUUAG